UUUUAAUAAUCAGUCGCACAUUAAAAAAAAAAAGAAAAAAAUCGGGUAUCCUCAUCCAUCCUUCCGUUGCUCAAUUCUCACGCAGAAAUGGCUCUCUCUGCUGCCUCCAAUCUCACCUGCGCUAAGACCCCGAUCUCCCAUACGACGGCCGCUACCUCAUAUUCUCUCAAGCCUCAAACCUUCCCCCUCCAUGUGACCCCCACCACCAUAAAAAAACCCAGACCUGCAAUCGUUGCCUCAGUCUCUACUUCAUCGUCCAACGUAGUUUCUUCCAACUGGUCCUUGGACAGCUGGAAAUCAAAACCGGCUCACCAGCUCCCGGAAUACCCUGAUCUGGGAGAAUUGGAAUCGGUGCUUCACACCAUCAGCACCUUCCCGCCAAUUGUUUUUGCAGGAGAGGCGAGGAGGCUCGAGGAAAGAUUAGCCAGUGCAGCCGUAGGAAAUGCCUUCCUACUCCAGGGUGGAGAUUGUGCGGAGAGUUUCAAAGAGUUCAAUGCCAAUAAUAUUCGUGAUACCUUCCGGGUUUUGCUACAGAUGGGUGUUGUUCUCACUUUCGGUGCCCAAAUGCCUAUCAUCAAGGUAGGAAGGAUGGCAGGCCAAUUUGCAAAACCAAGGUCAGAGCCAUUUGAGAUAAAAGAUGGUGUGAAACUCCCAAGUUAUCGAGGAGACAAUAUUAAUGCUGAUGCCUUUGAUGAGAAAUCUAGAAUGCCUGAUCCUCAAAGGUUGAUUAGAGCAUACCUGCAAUCUGUUGGCACCUUGAAUCUCCUUAGGGCAUUUGCUACAGGUGGAUAUGCUGCCAUGCAAAGAGUUUCACAAUGGAAUCUUGACUUCGUACUGCAUAGCGAGCAAGGAGACAGGUACAUGGAACUCGCACGGAGAGUAGAUGAGGCUCUGGGGUUCAUGGCUGCUGCUGGUCUUACUGUCGAUCAUCCUCAGAUGAACACAACUGAAUUUUGGACAUCUCAUGAGUGCCUUCACUUGCCAUAUGAGCAGGCCUUGACCAGAGAGGACUCAACAACCGGCCUCUUUUAUGACUGUUCUGCUCACAUGCUUUGGGUAGGUGAGAGGACUCGGCAGUUGGAUGGGGCUCAUGUUGAAUUCCUCCGAGGUGUUUCAAACCCUCUUGGCAUCAAGGUGAGUGACAAGAUGGAUCCAAAGGAGCUUGUGAAAUUGUGUGAAAUUCUUAACCCUCACAACAGACCUGGAAGGUUGACAAUAAUUGUCAGAAUGGGAGCAGAUAACCUCCGGAUAAAACUGCCCUAUCUCAUUAGAGCUAUACGCCAGGCCGGGCUUAUAGUCACCUGGGUCAGUGAUCCUAUGCAUGGCAAUACUAUUAAGGCUCCCUGCGGUCUUAAGACACGAUCAUUUGAUGCAAUAAGGGCUGAGCUUAGGGCAUUCUUUGAUGUGCAUGAUCAAGAAGGCAGCUACCCUGGAGGAGUCCAUCUGGAGAUGACAGGGCAGAAUGUAACAGAGUGUGUUGGAGGGUCAAAGACUGUGACUUUUGAUGACUUAAAUUCUCGUUACCAUACACAUUGUGACCCCAGGUUGAAUGCAUCACAGUCCCUGGAGCUGGCAUUUGCUAUAUCAGAGAGGCUGCGGAGGAAAAGGUUAAGGUCUGGCGAUGGCAUCCUUAUCGGCCACAAUGUUGGUGGUUCUGUGGCAUAAGAUGCUCGACUUUUGUCUUUGUUGUUAAGUUAUUAAGGAAUAUAGUAAGUUUUGGUUGUUUGAGCUUUUAAUAAAUUAAUGUAGAAUACAUUGUACUGGUACAUAUGUUUUUUGUUUCAAAGUGCGAGGCCCCUUGGACUCUUAUCCA